CCACUUCGCUGCACCCGAAGAAGUUUCUAAUUGAGCUUUGUAUACAAUGGAAUACGAAGAAGAAGUCCUAGUGGAUCAGAACUUCCCCUUAUUCUCCCGUAAAUCCAAACCCACAACCAAAAAACCCGUCCCAGCUCGAACCUCCAUCGCUGAAAACCCCAAGCAAUUUGACAAGGAGACCAACUCUAGUCCCACACCUAGUCAUAUCACCUUCUCGACUUAGGCCUUGCCGAAUGGGCCCAGACCUGUAACGAACUGGGCAUGAAAAAGCCCACUCCAGUACAGCACCACUGCAUCCCUAGAAUCCUCUCGGGGCAGGAUGUGUUAGGUUUGGCUCAGACCGGUAGCGGAAAAACAGCCGCAUUUGCAUUGCCGAUACUGCAUCGUUUAGCUGAAGAUCCCUAUGGGGUUUCGUGUUUGGUGGUAACGCCUACUAGGGAGCUUGCUUUCCAGCUUGCUGAGCAGUUUCGGGCGUUGGGAUCUUGCUUGAAUUUGAGGUGUGCUGUGGUGGUGGGAGGAAUGGAUAUGAUAACCCAGACUAAGACACUGAUGCAAAGACCACAUGUGGUGAUAGCAACUCCUGGAAGGAUUAAGGUUCUCAUUGAACAGAAUCCUGAUAUUCCUCCUGUCUUCAAAAGAACUAAGGUAAAGGCACCUCCUUUCAGUUCCCGUGUAAUUGUUUUCCCGUAAUUUGUUUGUCUGAUUUUGACUUGACACGGCGUUUAAGAAAGUAA